AUGCUUGAGGAGAGCCCCUUCUGUGACCGCUGCUUCUGGUCGGGCAUGCGCCGCUUCUCGAUCCCCAUCACCGUGCCCGACGAGAAUGGCGAGGUGAUGAUGUAUAACGAGAAGGACUUUUCCUUGCCUACGCAUUGCAUCCUGCAUGGCGACAACGGGGACAUUUGGAUCCCAUGCUGCUGCAACCUGCCCACUCUCAAGACGUACACGUCCGACCGCACUUACGUCGGCAAGACAAAGUACGUCUGUGACGAGUACCUGUGCGUCCCGAAGCUGCGCACCUACGACGCCAACGACAACCCGAUGUACAUGAUCCGCCCCGAGACAUGCUGCGCCGGCUGCUGUCCCGUGUGCGGAACGGGUUGCGACAAGGGCUCCCAAUGCUGCUACCUCCCCUUCUACAUUCAUGAUCACAGCACUAUGCAGAUCGUGGCGGGCGCGCCGGGAGGAAAAGGCAUGCCUGCGCAGAUUCGCAACGUUUGGGCUGGCUUCAAGCGCGAGUGCUGCACAAGCGCGGACAACUUCUUUGUCGUCUUCCCGGAGGGCUCCUCGACGGCGCUCAAGGCGGCUCUGUUGGGCUCAACCGCCCUGCUGGACUUCACCGUGUUUGAGGAGAAGCAGGGCGGCUGUCUCAUCGUGUCAUGGUGA